AUGGAGAUCAGAGAUCGAGUCGAGCUUCUCGGGAUCAAGCCCGGUAUGGAAUUCGAGAUUGGCAUAAGCAGAAUCUUCGAGGAGCGCGUUGAGGAGACAAUAGUGCAUGAUGCCUCCCUGGGCGAGCUGCCAAAGCAAAGACCGGAUCGUGUGAUCGGCUUAAGAGAAACGAAAAACAUUCGUCACCUUCUCGACCAACCUCCCAGAGGCCACCCUGGGACCCAAGCUCGUGACAUUCGGGGCCUCGUACGAUGUGCCCCGUACAAAUGGCAAUCAAGUCCUCUGCUCUAUCCUUUCCUGGUGUUGGAGGCCAAGUCCGAUGUGGCUCCGACCAGUUUCAAGGACAUUUCAACUCAGACUUCAUUCCCCAUAUGGUCACUUCUCAAUCUGCAAAGAGACCUCCGCUUGUUCCACAUCAAAGAAAGUGAAGGACCGGAGGCACUGGUCUGGUUCCUUGGUUAUAGAGGGAAUGACUGGAAAUUAUACGGGUGCUACAUCACUCAACAGGCUGACUCGAAAUGUGAUUAUAACAUCCACGAUCUCCAGGGUGGCGACAUUGCCAGCAAAGAUGGCGCUCUCCAGCUUCUUCUGCUUUUGGAUCUCAUAGCUGACUGGGCGAGAGACACCCUUCGACCUUCAAUUAUCGCACAGUUAAGGUCGUUAGCCACGGGGAGAGACCUCGACGAGAUCUCUCUCGGCCCGGACAGUGACAUCCUUUCGAAGGAGAAAACGCUUCGUGACUGGCUGUCUCGUGUGCCCAGCACUAUCGCACCGGACGAGACCGCUCAUGCUACAGCAAGCCAGUCUAUCCAGCCAUCGAUCCGCAAGGAUCUUACAUCAGUGAGCCCACCCAAUACUGAAUUGGGUAUUGUGAGACCAAUGACAACCACGAUCUUCCAGCUUGCCGGCCUGCGCGUGACGGCAGGCAACGUCGAGAGCCUUCUGGCCUUGAGUGACGGGCCUGCAUCUGACAAAGAGGAAAGUGCCUGCGCGAGAAAGCUUUUGGCCGAGAUAUGCGGCUGGGACGAGGUGUUCGUCGUGCUGGGAGCUUACUUGGAUGACUUGGAACGUCUCUGGACUGACGAGAGAGUUAAUCCGGAGCCAUUCGACGAGGGUUCUGGAGCUGAGUUCUAUGCUAUGUUCGAAUAUCGAUGUUUCAUCGACACAUCGUGGGACAUUAUCCGAGAGGUCAGCUACUUGGCGAUAUCUGAAACGGCGUUUACUAUGCUUCGCAAGCAUGCUCGCUUCAGGGUCCGAAUGCCUCUGAUGGAUUCGUUACGGAGCAGAUCACGCCCAUGCUCCGGUGAAUUGAUCCGAGAUGCUGUCAGUUGUCUUCGAUCCGGCUCUGCGUGGCAGGCACUCAUCUCAGCCCUCUCGAGUACGCUCUUUGUUUUCGCUCCCGAGCCAUCAUCCAAACGAGGGGAGUCUUCAAACGUUGUGGAAUCACUGGGCCUUCGACAUCUUCGUGAGCCCGAGAUAAGAUACUUCGUUGAGUUCUACCUGCAGAGGGCGGCGAACCCAGCCCCGAAUUGGAAACGGACCAGCCGGAAUUCGCUGAGUCCUAAAAGGCGCAAGGUACUAGACACGGAGUGGGAACAACGGACGAGCAACAGAUCAUUUGGAAGGACGUCUCGACGAGUAGAGAGGUGCCUCUCGGCCGCUCACGAUCCGGCUUGUUGCGUAUGGUGCAGGCGCGACGGACAAGACUUGCAUGCGACGAGAUACCGGAAUGAAGAAGAUGCCACAGCCCCGACAGCGUACGGAGCAAUCCUGGUUGCGUCUCUGGUAGAAGAGUCAAAGAUUGCUUAUGAACGUCAGGAACGCCACGACCUGUGCCUGUUUGUGCUGGACUUCUCACCGUGGCUGGAAGACACAGUCUCCAUCUCAACUGUUGUUGAAGACCUCGCACAAAACAAGGCUACAUACCAUACGAUUCGACAUCAAACAAAUCUGCUUGGACUAUCAAACAGCGUCUGGAGGGACGACCCUGUCACAUGGAAUCUGCCAUGUCCAUACAGAAGGAACACUGCAAGACAGGGAGCGGACAUCAAACUGUGGAUCCAAGAGCUUAGAGGAGAACCAACUCCCAAGCCAAGCUCCUCAGUUGUGCCGUUGCCUCUAUGGGUGCAUCAACAGAUACUGCUGCAUUUCCUCAGACGUAACAAGUCAUACGACGAGGCACUGGAAGCUCUUGUCAAGUACCGCGAUGUGGCAAUUGAAAAGGAGAAAGCUUCCCGCCGGCGGACGGGGCUAGGCGCUGCAGUCGUCGACGCCAGCUGUGUGCGACUCGACACGUUCUGGGAUACAGUGCGCAGCAAAGAUGAUACCGCGCGUACUGGUGACUUCAGAAAUCUCCGUAGGGAUGCGAUUGCUAGGAACUUCUUGGAGCCUAUACCUCGUGAGGGAAGCAACCCCUGA